AUGUUCGCUUUUCACAUUGCAGGUUUAAUCGCUGCCGUGGCCGCCGCUGCCUCGGCAGCGCCCGCACAGGUUUCGUCUUCGGGAUCUUUGACAUGGGCGGUUCCAGGCACAGCACCUGUGGCUACACCGCUUUCGUACACAGAGCCUGUGAGGAAGAAUGCCACGGGCUCAAUUGGUCCGUCUGUGACCCUGUACAGGCGUGACAAGUCCACCCCUUCGGAGGCGCCCGCGAUUUACUUCUCCUCAGGAUCUCUAACUUGGGCCGUACCAGCCACGGCGCCUGUGUUCACGCCGCCUUCGUACACAGAGCCUGUGAGGCGAAAUGCAACGGGCUCGGUCGUCCCAUCAGUGACCCUUUACAAGCGGGACGCAGCGCCCGUGCCUCCUCCGGCCUCGCCGACCCCAGUUGAUGAGGCUGCUGAAGCUCCACCCUCUGCGCCAGCAUCUGUGCCUCCUCCCGCUUCGCCUGCCCCAGUCCGAGAGGCUGCUGCGGCCCCAUCCUCUGACCCAGCCCCAGUGCCUCCUCCCGCUUCGCCAGCUCCAGCUGAUGAGGCUGCUGCGGCUCCAUCCUCUGACGCAGCCCCCCCAGUUACUCCAGAUGCUGGUCUGCCCAAGCCAGCUGGCAAGUUUGUAGCGAACCUCAAGUGUACGGACUUCACUGCUGGCGGCGGCUUGAACAUGGACGGCAAGCCUGUAUCAGUGAACGAUGCUCAGCUAGUUGUCGGCGGACAAGCUGUGCCAUUGACAUUCCUUGAGUGCAACUCCUCAGUGAUGGGUCUCGAGUCCCAUGGUAAGCUGCAUUAUGGUCUUCUGUCGCCCAAGGGUCAGGAAAAGAAGCAGUGCAUCCGUCCUGCCUUCCUCGCCAAGCCUGAUCAGCACCUGCAAGUCCAAGACUGCUCGCUUACGGAUGACAGCUCCCAACUCACCCAGAUAUUUGAGUACAACGAGGAGACGAAGGGCAUCCAGUUUGCCGGUCGCGUCGCACCAGGCAAGUUCUACGUUGUUGGUCAGGAUGACAAGUUCGUGACUGUGUCUCCAAGCGGCGAGUCAAAGAAACUGUCGCUCAACUAA